AUGAUACGCGCACUAUACGUGAAAUGGGACAACACCCCGGGAAUCGUCUCCUUUGCCACCAAGGCUUCAGACGUUAGCGACAUUCCCUUCCCAGCCAUCACCAUUUGUCCGGAAGUCAAGUCUCAAGUUUCCCGGUUUAACUUUACCGAUGCCUACCACAAGCAUAAAGCUGGCAAGCUGGAUAAGGCAAGCUUGAACACAUUCAUCACCAUGUGGCAGAUUUGCGACCUGGGAGCGGGAAAUGAUCAUGCACCAAGAUUGUACGACAAUCAUUGCAUACGAACUCUGCGUGAUCUGGCUGUUCCCAAGUCAUCUCUGCUUAAGCAGUGUUUAUGGGGACGUCAAACGCUGAACUGUAGCCAGGAGUUCCACACCACUGUUACCGACCAAGGCUACAAGGUUCAACUCCACGCCCCCACUGACCACCCAUCCCUUUCGAACUACAUCCAAGUUCCGCUGGAUCAGGAGGUGUCGGUCGAGGUGAUCCCGCACCUUGCUCUGACCACCAACAGCAUUCGUCACUACAGCCCAGACCGUCGAAACUGCUUCUUCCAGGAAGAACGAAAGCUACAAUUCUUCAGCGUGUACAGCCAAGCAAACUGCGAGCUGGAAUGUCUCAGUAACUACACGGUGAAGCUUUGUGGCUGCACCCGAUUCUCGAUGCCGCGAGCUCGUCUAGUGCCCGUCUGCGGGGUCGGUGCCAUGCGGUGCUACCAGAUGGCCGAGUACAGCCUGCUUCAGAUGGAUGGCUGCCACUGUAUGCCGGCUUGCAGCACACUGCAGUACGACGCGGAGAUAUCGCAAGCGGACUUUGACUGGCAUCACAUGAAGCAGUUCAAGCUGGAUCAUAAGGAGAGAAUCCACCUCUCCUACUUGAUCGUGUACUUCAAAGAACCGAAAUUCAUAGCGAUCAAGCGAAGCGAACUGUACGGCGAUACGGAGUUUUUGGCAAACUGCGGAGGUCUUCUCGGAUUGUUUCUAGGUGUAAGUCUGCUCAGCUUUGCUGAGAUUCUGUACUACUGUACGCUCAAGCCGUUCGUAUUGUGGUGGAAUUGGCGUCGAUUGAGGUCGAUAGAGGGUACGGAUUGA